AUGGAAGACAUUUGGGAACACAAUACGAGCUCCUUCCAAGAUCGUGAAUCCCACCUUCGGAAGAGGCACUUUCCAAUUCCUGGCCCACCAAAGGGGAGGUCGCUGACACUGCUAGAAGACCCAACAGGCCGCUUUGCCGUUGGAACCACCGGAGCAGUUCUUUGGCCAGCAGCCACAGCUCUCGUCGAGUACCUUGAUGGGCAGGUGAAAAAAUCCUGCCUGAAUUUUCGCUGUGUGGAGCUUGGAGCUGGCGUUGGCGCAGUGGGACUUUUUAUGGCCCUGCACAAGGGCUGCGAAGUUACCCUCACGGAGGUGCCCGAGCAACUGCAGCUCCUGGGCCUGAAUGUCUCCGAGAACUCUCCGACGGGCCUCGACCUGCAGGUGGCUCCCCUGACGUGGGGGGACCAGGAGCAGAUGGAGGUUCUUGGUACCUUCGAGAUGGUCGUGGGCAGCGAUGUGAGCUACCGACCCCAGUGUAUCGGUGAGCUGCUCUCGACGGCCGAACGUCUCCUUGCACCUGGUGGGAGGGUGGUCUUCAGCCUCCAGGAUCGACCAGGCGAGGCAGAUCUGCUGGAGUCCUCCUUGAAGAGCCUGGCCGUGUCGAAGCGGCAAAGCGUGAUGGCCAAGAGCCUCGAAGGUGAGGAGGAUGCACGAAACUCAGCGAUUCUGGGCUUAGCUUUCGAUUCAUCAAGCCCAGGCUUUGAGGCGAUCACAACGCCCGCCGAACUGCUCAGGGCGUUCAAGAGAUACCAGCCACUGUUUUUCCCGCGGGCGACCACGGCCCAUCCUUCUGCAGUGAGUGCCGGCCUGGUAGUGAACGUCGAGGAUUCCACCGCGGACCUUGCUCUCGGCGUGAAUGAGUCGUACACUCUGGAAUCUGAGGUCAAGGCGGUUCAUGGCAUCAACGGCACUGUCUCUAAAAAGGACCCUGGCUCGGACACACAAAAUUCUUCAGCACCUGGUGGGCUUCUGAUCAAGCAGGAAGUGCAGGCACAGCUACAAAAAGCCGACCUCUCGGAAUACUUUGUUGGCAGAUACCUUGAUGGCGAGGUCUUUGAGAAAGACAGCUACGAAAAAGGGCAGAUUGAAGCUGGCCUGCCGAUCUAUAAGUUCGAAGGCGCCGAUGGCCCAACCUUUGUUUGGCAGUUCGCCUUCGAUUUGCGUGGCUUUGGCCAAAAAGGUGAGAACAUCCGUGUGCUCUACCACUACAGCAACGAAUUGGCCUUCCUGAACGUUGGCAAUUCACAGCUAUCGGCGGCAGAGAUCUUUGCCUCCCUGGUAGAUGAGCGCGCUCAUUUUGGGAAGGGCGUCUAUGCCACCCAGCACGAGCCUGCAGUCUGGGCUUCGAGGGUGCGAAUCCUCCUUAACAACUACAGCAACGAGGAUCCGCUUCGGCGAGACACAAGCGAUGAAGAAUCUCGAAGAGUUGAGAAGGAAUGGGGCGAUGGCAACACCACGGGCCACAGGGCACAGUUUUGCGUGCCCCUCAUCGUUCCAGACUCAAUUGCGUACAACAUCUUUGAGAAGCAGACCCCUGACAUGAAGGCGAAAAGGGUGACUGACAAGAGCGGCAAGGAACGCCCCCUUGCCCUCGGAGAGGACUACAAGGGCCGUGCAGUCCAUCGCAAUCGUGACGUCUGGGUCGUCAGACUCGCAAGCGAAGGAGGCAUCGUUCAGCAUGCGACUGCUGAAGCCGAAGGGCUGAUUCAGCUUCUGCAGCUUCGACUGUCAAAGCUCCGUGGACGUUUGGGAAACGAGGACUGCGCUACUCUGGACUGUAUGGACCAGCUGGCAGACCGGUUGAACGGACGGGGAAGGCAUUCUGAAGCCGAGGAGCUUCGCAGACAAGCCCUGGAAAAGCGCCAAGACAAGUUCGGCAAGGACCACGAACAGACCUUGAUCUCCUUGACGAACUUGGCCACCUGCCUGAAUUUUCUGGGAAGAGCUGCCGAGGCCGAACCCUUGAGCCGUGAUGCCUGGCAGAAAAGCCAGAAGAAGCUCGGCGCAAAUCACAAACUGACACGAAAAAUCCUAGAUUCUCUGGCGCACACCCUCUACAGCCAGGGAAAAUAUCAAGAGGCGGAAUCUCGGUGGCGAGAGAACUGGGAGAAGUGCAAGGACGAGCUCGGCAGCGACCAUUUGGAGACUUUGUCCAUCUUGAACGACUUGGCAGGCGCGCUCAAAGAACAGGGGAAGCUGGACGACGCUGAGCGCUUCCACCGAGAAGUGUUGCAGAAGCGCCGGGUGAAGCUUGGUGCGAAGCAUCCCCUCACAUUGAUUUCCUUGAACAACUUGGCCACUCUUCUGGUAGAGCAGAAAAAGCCCGCUGAGGCGGAGCCUCUGUUCCGAGAGUCGCUGCAGACGCGCCAAGAGAAGCUGGGUGCUCAUCAUGAGGACAGCUUGGGUGCCCUGCAGAACUUGGCAGGUGUACUGCAAGAGCAGGGCAACAUGAAAGAGGCUGAGGCCCUGUUCCGAGAAGCCUUGCAGACCUGCCAGGAGAAGCUCACUACGGAUCACCUCAGCACGUUGACCACCAGGAAUAACUUGGCCACUCUCCUCGCGGAGCAAGGAAGAAAUAGGGAGGCCGAGCCCUUGUAUCGAGAAGUCCUGCAGAAGCGACGGGAAAGACUGGGCAGGGACCAUCCGGACACCCUGGGCACCUUGAUGAGCUUGGUUACCAGCAUGCUGCACCUAGAGAAAUUCGGGGAGGUCGAGCCGUUCUGUAGAGAAGCCCUGCAGAUCAGCCAGGAGAAGCUCGGUGACGACCAUCCGCACACCUUGAUCUGCCUGAAUAGUUUGGGAGGUGUGAUGCAAAGCCAAGGAAAGCUCAGGGAGGCUGAAGAGUUGUUCAAAGCCGCGUGGAUGAAAAGCCGGGAGAUGCUCGGUGACCAGCACCCUACCACACAGACUUUCUACAACAACUGGGUUCGGCUGGGCGGUCCUUCGAUGCAGCAGCCCUCGCCCCAACUUUUCGCUGCCGAGAACCGAGAUCCUUUAGGGAUCGCGGGUGCUUCAGGCCUUUCGCAAGGGCGGAUGGCCGAGAUAGACGCGGAGAUCGAGCGUGUCCUACUAGGAGAGGAUUCAGAUGAGGAGCUGGAGGCUGCUUUAAGAACCAGUGAGGCGGAUCUAAUCAGGGCGAUGGCAGGCAAUAACGCUCACUUUAUGGGAGGUGGGCUCUUCUGA